AUGUUCUGCACAGUAGCUCCAGCGAAAGGGAGCCCCGCCUGCGCCGCCCAGUCGCAAAUCAACGCUACCGCAUUUAGACGUUCCCUAACGCUCCUCGCCAUCAAGCUACUAAAACGCAUCCGAAAGCCCCAUGGCACAGUGAUUUUUCUUUCGGGGAAGAUAUGUGUCAAAUACGGACACAGUCCUAGUCUCAGCGAAGCUUCGACUAUGCAAUUUGUCGCGAAGCAUACAUCGAUCCCCGUCCCUCGCGUAUACUGCGCUUUUGUGCACCGAAAUCGGACAUACAUUGUGAUGGAGAGAAUGCAUGGACAACCGAUUGGAGCUGGGUGGACCAAGCGUUCAGUAGAAAGCAAGGCAAAGCUCCUAGGCCAGCUCAAACAGAUUGUCGAUGAGAUGCGUCGCAUACCGCCUCCGGAAGGCACUGGUGUUGCUCACGUAAAUGGUGGUCCUUUGUAUGAUCCGCGGUUACCAGGAACAUCGAAACAAUUUGGGCCCUUCGAUACGAUUCAGGACUUUCACAGGCAUCUGCGGGGAGGUUUGGAAGCUCAUUCACAGCAUAAGCCAGAGAUCAGUGAGCUCAUUUCCUUGCAGGAUGAACCUCGGUCUGCUCUGGUAUUUACCCAUGGAGAUCUGAGCAGCUUGAAUACCCUCGUUUCCGGAGAUGAGAUUGUUGGUAUCAUUGACUGGGAAACAGCGGGAUGGUACCCUGCAUACUGGGAGUACACUACUGCCUGGAAUGUAAACCCACAAAAUCAAUUCUGGCGAGAUGAGGUCGACCUUUUUCUCCAGCCUAUGCCUAAAGAGUUGGCGAUGGAAAAGAUACGGCUGGAAUACUUUGGAGAUGGUUGA